AUGACGGGCUUCGCGUCGUUUGUGCUUGAGGGCCUCAUGGGCGCGAAGCGCAGCGUGCACUCGUUGAUGCAGGCCUCAUUUUCGACAAAAUUCGAGAUUGUAGCCUCGCCCUUGAAGUCCAUCCGCUCCGGGAUCCAGAUCUUGGGGACGUGUGGGAACUCGGACUCUUCGGCCGUGAUGACCAUGAUCCUGUUGCGCGUUUUUCUUGUCAGAAUGGGCAAUCUAUCAAUGCGUUGA